GUGUACUAUAAAGUGCAGAAUGACUUUGAGGAGUGCAGUAUUCGACGCAAUUUCUCCCAUGCUUUUGCUGCGAGCGAGCUACACUCCCGGAGCAGAGGCACUGCCGCGAGGAAGCUGGAAGAGGAGGAGGCCGGAGUACUGCAAUGGCCAAUGCCAGCUGGCAUCUGCGGGCCGGAGGGGAAGCCAAAGAAAUGGGAGGAGAUGGAGAGCUCGUGACCAACCACCGGUACUAGUACUCUAUCUAACUACCCACUCUCGACAUCUUUGACGAAUGUCGGCUCUGCAUGUCUACAUAUGGUGGCUGCUUCUUCACGACUCAGGCCCCCCACGACGCGCGAGAGGAGGGCCCAGCGCCGAAACGAGGUCGCUAGAGUAGAGUAGGUACCGGUACAUAUCUCAACUCUACUCCGACCACUCACCGGCCUCAACUCUAACCACCACUCACUGGCCCCCAACUCUAACUAACGCUACUCUAUGCAUACUCACCGACCUCGACAGCCGUCAAGUCAUUGGCGCGUUUCGGAGUGUUUGAAUUCUCCCUAAGUUCCCGUCGCUCUGCUCGUCAGUCCUGUUAGUCCGACACUAAGUCCUCACCUAGGUACCGGUACCCAGCAGCGUAUCAAAUUAUCAGUCGCCUGCUCGCAUACGCAUCACGAUCACGGCAGGUGAAGAAUAAACUCCAAGAGGCUCGAGCGUCACUGUCUCAUCGGAUCGGGGUCGUUCGUUUGCCGUACCUAUGUGGUUCUCCACGGAGAGGCGAGAAUCGGCAACUUUGUCGGCAGCCGGGAGUCCGCUACGGUACAAGAGCAGUGGACAUAUUUACAGAGGUACAUGGCCUCUUUACUUGCCUCGUUCUGUCACCCCUGCGGUAUGUUCUUGCCACCGGGGAGGCCAAAGAAUCGUAAAAGCGGUGGGGGCAUUGUGAGGACAAUUAUGGAGGAUGAUGAUGGAUGGUAUGCAUCUACAUAGCGAAUGGAAUAAGAGUCCGGGACCCAGUCUCUUGG